GAAGGCUUAAAAAAUGUUAUUAGGUUUCAUAAAUCUGUUCUAGGUUGUUUUGAUGAACUUGUCCAGCUUAUGAAAGCUGGUAUUUCAACUGAAGAUGAUUUGCCUCAAGAUAAUUCAGAAAUCACAGGUUCUAAAAAAAAAAAUCUUGCCCGACAUUUUUUGUGUGAUUUGUCUGAUGUUAAUGCAAAAAUUCCGCUGAUUUGUGGCAUGGAGCAACAAAAUGAAGAACACGAAGAAGAUGAUGGAAGUCUGCUAGAUUAUCCGGUUUUUGAACUUAAAAGUGUGCAGAAAAGACCAAUUAAAAUGUCUUCGAAUAUUAUUAAACCGAGUGUAAAGGCGAAAGACUUAUCAGUUGUGGAUUUCACUUCUAUAACACAUAUUGCCAGUAAAAAAGUGUACAGCAUUACUCAAGGUGGGUGUAUAUAUAUUUUAAUUAUUUUAACAUUUGCCACUAUGAAUUACUCAUAAGCAACCUUGUUUUAGAUUAUAUUGGUUGAUUGAUAUUGAUUCAAAUCACGAUUAGGAUAAAGUUCACGAUAGGAACUUAGAUUAUAUUGAUAAACAGGGUGGUGCAAACACGAGUUGAAUGGUUGGGAAAUAGUUA